CGCAUGCGCGGCUGAGCGAGUGGCUGGCUGGAGGAGAGGCUCUUCUUGUGUGGCGGGACGAUUAAAUUAUAGCGUCGCAGAACUGAACAUGAGACGAUCAGCAGCUCCAAGUCAACUGCUAGGGAAUUCAGCCAAAAAGCCAAGGUUUAUACCUCCAGCAAAAACUCAUACGGUGUCCCUAAAUAAAGAAUCUGGACAAUCAGACCCAGAAAUUAAAAUAGCUGAGGUGAAUGAGGGACAAUUGGAUGGCUCAACAUCUGUAAAUAUUUGUUCUGCAACUUCUGGCUUCACUUCUACGGUGGCUGUGAAAUCUGAUCAAGGCAAAUUUUCCUCUCAGAAAAAUAAUGAGGAGAACUGUCAUUUGGAAACAGGAGCAAAAUCAGUAUAUAGAACUAAAACAGGUCCAGUGUGGGUGGCCAGGGCAGAAAUAGCAGGGCAGCAAGAGGAGCCCAGCUGCCUUACGAAAUACUUCAGCGUAGUAUGGUGCAAGGCCUCAAAGAAGAAACACAAGACGUGGGAAGGGGAUGCUGUUCUGAUUGCGAAAGGGAAGUUAGUGACAUUAAAGGAUAUGGAAGGCAAAGACAUUGGAAGAGGCACAGGAUACAAAGCCAAAGAUCUGGAAAAUCUUGAUGAAGGCCAAACUCUGAUGAUUGGAGGCAAAGAAAUCGAGGUGAUGGGUGUGAUUCCAGAAGAGGACUUCAGAAGUGGGAAGUGUUUUCAGUGUGGUGUGGCGACAGCAGAGGAUGUUUGGAAUUGCUCACAAGCUACAGUGAAGCCAUUCUGCCACCCUCUCAAAACCAACACAAAAGGAAAUUUGCCCAAAGUCUCCCAAAACUAUAAACCACGUCAUGAUCCAUGCACACCAAAUUCCUUGGUCAUGCCACGCCCAUCCCCAAGUCACCAACGGAUGUUCAAUAAGUCAGGCUUGCCCACUGUGGAUGUUGUCAUGGACCCUUACAUUGUAAACCAUCUUCGACCUCACCAGCGAGAAGGAAUUAUAUUUCUUUAUGAAUGCAUGAUGGGAAUGAGAGUGAGCAGUAGAUUCGGAGCUAUUCUUGCAGACGAAAUGGGCUUAGGGAAAACUCUCCAGUGCAUUGCUCUCAUCUGGACUCUCCUGCGGCAAGGGCCAUAUGGAUGCAAGCCUGUAAUGAAACAGGCCCUGAUAGUCACUCCUGGGAGUCUGGUGAAGAACUGGGGAAAGGAAUUUCAAAAAUGGCUGGGAAAUGAAAGAAUCAAGGUGUUCUUAGUUGAUCAGGAUCACAAAGUGGAAGAGUUUAUCAAUUCCCCCCUUUAUCCAGUCCUGAUCAUUAGUUAUGAGAUGCUUCUACGCUCCUUGGAUCAAAUUCAGAAGAUAGAUUUCAGCCUUGUAAUCUGUGAUGAGGGACAUCGUUUGAAAAACAGCUCCAUUAAGACAACCACUGCCCUUGCCGGCCUGUCUUGUGAGAGGAGAAUUCUUCUUACUGGUACUCCGGUACAGAAUGAUCUGCAGGAAUUUUAUGCCUUAAUAGAGUAUGUAAAUCCUGGAAUACUUGGUCCUUUGUCUGCAUACAAAAAAGUGUAUGAAGAACCAAUUAUCAGAUCCCGAGAGCCUUCAGCAACAAAGGAGGAAAUUGACCUGGGAGAGAGAAGGGCAGCAGAGCUCACUCGCCUGACUGGACUCUUCAUUCUUAGAAGAACCCAAGAUGUCAUCAACAAAUUUCUCCCUCCUAAAAGCGAGAGCAUCCUUUUCUGCCGUCCAACAGCGUUGCAGCUCAAUCUCUAUCGAAGGCUGCUGAGCUCUCAGGUUGUUAGAUCUUGCCUGCAAGGCGGUCUAGAAAACAGCCCACAUUUAAUCUGUAUUGGAGCUCUGAAAAAGCUUUGCAACCAUCCCUGUCUUCUCUUCAAGGCAAUGAAGGAGAAAGAGUGUGAUCCCACAGGUGAUGAGCAAGAGAGACAGAACGUCUAUGAGGGGUUGCUUGAUAUUUUCCCUCAAGGCUAUACUCCAACCGAUUUCUCCCAGACCGACUCUGGGAAGCUGAAGGUGUUCACGCAGCUGCUGGCAGCAAUCCAUGAACUCAGCCCUUCCGAAAGAGUUGUUGUGGUAUCUAAUUACACACAGACACUGAAUUUAUUACAAGAGGUGUGUAUACGUUACGGCUAUUCCUAUACAAGACUUGAUGGCAACACUCCUGUCUCCCAGCGACAACAGAUCGUUGAUGGUUUUAAUAGUAAAUUCUGCCCAGCUUUUAUCUUUUUGCUGAGUUCGAAGGCUGGCGGUGUGGGUCUGAACCUGGUCGGAGCGUCCCAUUUGAUCCUAUAUGAUAUUGAUUGGAAUCCAGCCACUGAUAUUCAGGCAAUGGCCAGAGUGUGGAGAGAUGGACAGAGGCGUACGGUGCAUAUUUACAGGCUGCUAACGACAGGCACAAUAGAAGAGAAAAUCUAUCAGAGGCAGAUCAGUAAGCAAGGCCUCUCGGGGGCUGUUGUAGACUUUUCCAAGGGAUCAGAACACAUCCGUUUUUCUGUUGAAGAACUUAGAAAUCUCUUUAUACUGCAUGAAGAUUCCACCUCCGUCACCCACGAUCUGCUGGAGUGUCAGUGUAUGGGCAAGAAAGAGGCUCAAGAUUCUUCAGGAAAGCUUUCUGUACGACAUGACUGCCAGCUUGGCCAAAGCAAUAUGAAAUCUUCCUCCAAAAAACCCUUAUCUAUGUCACAACUGAUACAGUGGAAACACUUUUCUGUGGAUUGUGAAAAUCUCCCUGAUCCUUUCCUGGAAAGAGUAAAAGAAAAUGUUACCUUCAUUUUCCAAAAUGCGACCAGCUGAGAAUGCCACCUAAGCAGAGCCAGCCAGUUGCUUCUCUCCUUAGUCACAAUGGACUUUUGUCUUCUUUUUUAAAGCAAAAUUAAACAGUAGGAUUAUUAAUAAUUAUAGGAUUAUUGGGGAAUUAUGAAGA